GAUAACCGCCGGCGGCGGCGGCGGAUUCCCGGUCGGCCAGGCAGGGAGCCAGGAGCCGGCCGACAGCUUAACGCCUAAGGCACUGCUCGGCUCCUUCGACUUUGUCCGCCCUCCGCGGUCUCUACCUUUUUGCGGUGAAGUUACCUUUGGGUUUCUAGACCUUGGGGUCUGAGGCCCAGACUUGGGGUGAACUUCUAACCCACCUCUCGUUUUUUCCCUUAAUCGUCUUUUGUGCUGCUCAGGUUUUUCGCCUUUGAGCUGGUUUGCUAGGCCGUGCUUUGAAGCCAGCUCUGAACGGUAAAGGUAACUGUGGGGAAAGCGGCCCCCCAGUGGACAUAGACGGAGGCAGGAACCUCCGUUAAUUAGACUAGGCAGAUAAGGGGGGGGCUGAGCAAAGGGGCCAAAAACAAUACUGCGGAUUUAGAAGGCACUGGAAAGAACUUGUUGCAAGAUGGAAGAAUCUGACUCUGAGAAAACGAUGGAGAAAGAAAAUUUGGGGUCAAGAAUGGAUCCUCAACUAGGGGAACCGGAAGGAUCUCUAGGGUGGGCGCUACCAAACACAGUCAUGAAGAAAAAGGUGCUGUUGAUGGGUAAAAGCGGGUCUGGUAAGACCAGCAUGAGAUCUAUUAUCUUUGCAAAUUAUAUUGCCAGAGACACACGUCGCCUUGGUGCAACAAUACUAGACCGUUUACAUAGUCUUCAAAUUAAUAGCAGUUUGAGCACCUACUCUCUCGUAGACUCUGUUGGAAAUACAAAGACAUUUGAUGUAGAACAUUCUCAUGUUCGAUUUCUGGGAAACCUGGUGUUGAACCUGUGGGACUGUGGUGGGCAAGACACCUUCAUGGAAAAUUAUUUUACUAGCCAAAGGGACAACAUUUUCCGAAAUGUUGAGGUUCUGAUUUAUGUCUUCGAUGUGGAGAGCCGUGAACUGGAGAAGGACAUGCACUAUUACCAGUCAUGUCUGGAAGCCAUUCUGCAGAACUCACCAGAUGCCAAAAUCUUUUGCUUGGUGCACAAAAUGGAUCUGGUACAGGAAGAUCAACGGGAUCUGAUUUUUAAAGAGCGAGAAGAAGAUCUGAGGCGUUUGUCUCGCCCCUUGGAGUGCUCCUGCUUCCGGACAUCUAUCUGGGAUGAAACUCUCUAUAAGGCUUGGUCCAGCAUUGUUUAUCAGCUGAUUCCCAACGUUCAGCAGCUGGAAAUGAAUCUAAGGAAUUUUGCUGAAAUUAUUGAAGCAGAUGAAGUUCUUCUCUUUGAAAGAGCUACGUUUCUGGUGAUUUCUCACUAUCAGUGUAAAGAGCAGCGGGAUGCCCAUAGAUUUGAAAAAAUCAGCAAUAUUAUUAAGCAGUUCAAGCUGAGCUGCAGCAAAUUGGCUGCCUCUUUCCAGAGCAUGGAAGUUAGGAAUUCUAAUUUUGCUGCUUUCAUUGAUAUCUUUACAUCCAACACUUACGUGAUGGUUGUGAUGUCAGAUCCAUCCAUUCCUUCUGCAGCUACUCUGAUCAACAUCCGCAAUGCCAGGAAACACUUUGAAAAGCUGGAAAGAGUGGAUGGACCAAAGCAGUGUCUUCUCAUGCGUUAACCAUUGUUGAAUACUGUUUUACACACACACACACACACACACACACACACACACACACACACACACACAAAUUGAAGCGCUACUUCUUAACUAAUCUUAAGGCUGUAAACAUGUAUAUGUAGGCUCUAAAAUGUUGUGAUGCUUACCACUCUGUAUUUCUUCUCUACACCCAAGUAUUAACAUUUAAUCUCGAAUGCUAUUUCCUCAAGUAGCAAGUGCAGAAUUAGAAGAUGCGCUUUCCAUAAAGUCAGUGUAACAUAAAAGCAGGUGAUAUGUAAGUGUUCUAGCUUCUGGCAGUGUUUACGUGUUACAAUGAUCUCCUUCUAGUGGUAGUAGUAGUGUGUCAAAGCCUAUUUCAGUAUCGUCUGGUACUCCCUGUCAGAUUCCCUAAGAUUGGAGUAUGACUGUUUUCUCAGCAUGUACUAGAAAUAUUCCUUAAGCUCAAAUCUGAAUAAACUUUUGCUGUUAGGCA